UUAUUAAUUUAUACAAUGUUCCGUUUUCUGUGAAACUUACUUGUUUAAUGCUAUUUAUUUUUAUUAGUGGUGUUUCAUACAAAUUGAUCUGUCUUUUAUAGUGACUAUUAAUAUUAAAAUGAUUCAAUUUCAUUAAUGUUGUGUUAUAUUUAUUUACAUGUUUUUCUUUAUAGUUAAAUUUUUCCAACAAAAUAUAUAAAAUGUCUUGUUAUGUCCAAUAUUGUCAAGAAUGUAGCAUUGCUAUUUCUAAUGCUGAAACAAAUACCGAUGGAGUAACUUAUUAUCUCAUCAAAGUGAAUGUUGGCGAUGUUACAUGGACUGUUCAGAAACGAUACAAAGAAUUUUUGGAACUGCACAAAAAAUUAGUAAACGAACAUACUGUGACCAAAGACAUUUUACCUGGAAAAAAAAUAAUUGGGAACAAAGAACCAAAUUUUAUUGAAAAACGUCGGGUUGGCUUGGAAAUAUAUUUACAAACAGUUUUGUCAUUUUUGCAAAAAUCAAUGCCUGAAGAACUAUUAGAGUUUUUAGAAUUCGACAAAUAUGAUGUAAUCUUAAUUGUCAAAAAAUUAGCUGCAGAUUUUUUUCAAAACGGUGAUGAUUACCUUUUAAAUGAUAAUGGUUUUAAUUUUAAUGUUUUAUUGUUGUAUGCAAUUAGUGAAAGACUAAAAUUACCUUGUCCGGAUAGUGAAAAUAACGAGUAUAAUUUCAGUCAUGUGUUGGAUUUUUGUUCAAAGUUUAAAUACUUAGCAAUUAAAGGAGGAGAUCAUUAUGUUGGUACAAGUAACAUAAUUUAUAAUAAAUUAAGUUUUGAGCUAUCAUCUUUUAAGAAUGUGAAUAAAUUUGAAUGUUAUAAUAUUGCCUAUAAUAUGAUAUAUAAUUUAAAGACAUUACGAGAUACAGUUCGUAUAAUCACAGUUUACAACUCAAAACUCAAAACUCCUGAAGAUAUUUUAUUAUGUGAUAACGUUCAUAAAGAAUGGUCUUCUGACAUGGAUUCUAGUAUGAUUUGGAAUAAAGUAAAAGUAGUUGAUUUCAGUUGGAAUGAAAUAUUAACAUUAAAAAGUCUCACAGUUUUAACACCAAAUGUUAAAACAAUAAAUUUAAAUGGAAAUUUAUUGAAUACUAUUGAAGAUAUGUCAUCUCUUACUUAUCUCAGUCACUUAUCACUAUCAAGUAAUAAUAUUACUGAAGUAUCUGAUCUUCAUACAAAACUAGGAAAUGUCAUAUGUUUAAAUUUGUCUUCAAAUAAAAUAUCUAAUUUGGAACCAUUUUCAAAAUUAUUUUCAUUAGAAAUGUUGGACUUAGGCUCAAACUUAGUUAAUGACAUAGAUCAGUUAAAAUAUUUGAGUGAAUUACAGAAUAUGAAUUAUUUAGUUUUGUCUGGAAAUCCUGUGUCAACUGUAGUUGAUUACAGAAUUAAAGUACUAGGAAUACUAAAAAAGAAAACUUCAGAUUUUUGUUUAGAUAAUGAGAGACCCACUCAAAAAGAACUAGAUACUGUAGCAAUAAUGCAUGCAUUAAAAGUUGCCAAAGAAGGUAAAACAUUAUUUGAUAGAUGAUUUAGGUUAUUCUAAAACAUUAUUUUUGUUCUUUGUUGUC